UGCCGGGGGUGUCCUGGUCAGCGGGGCCGGCCCGUCUUUUGCCCCGGGCUCCAUGGCUGGAUUGUGGAAACUGCACCCGCUCGCAGGUUGUUGACCAGCUGAUGGGACGAGCUCAGGGACUGGCGGUUACGAAAGAAAUGUUUAAUUCCGUCGAUUGCAGGAUAAAAAACAUGGAUUUUUAGCAGUUGAAGAGCAAAUUAAGGUUUCAGAUUUGGGAUAUUGCUGUUUCUGUUUUUGGGAAUUUUCUUUGUAUUUUAUUUUUUUUUAAAUCAUCCGUUUUGGAAUACAGAAGAGGAAUCAGAAGUACACCCAUUGCGUUUCACGUUUGAACACUCAUCAUUGGGAAACUCUCACACCUGAGCGCACAGCCAUGUGGUCAGCACAGCUGCUGGUCAUCAUGAUGCUCUUGGCACCAGCUGUUCACGGUGGCAAGCGCAGCGAGCGACGUCCAGCCCUGGCUGCCCCGCUGCGACACGCCGAGCGCGGCCCGGGAGGCGGCCUCCCGCCCCGACACCUGCUGCAGCCGCCCAGCGCCGAGCGAGCCGCUGCGCAUCGCGGACCGGGGCCCCGCGGAGCCGCCCGAGGAGUUCGUGGUCCAGGUGCCCCAGGAGCGCAGAGCGCAGCCCAAGCUUUCAGCCGUGCCCCCAUCCCGAUGGCCGUGGUCCGCAGAGAGCUGUCCUGUGAGAGUUACCCUAUUGAGCUCCGCUGUCCGGGGACAGACGUCAUCAUGAUUGAAAGUGCCAACUAUGGGAGGACUGAUGACAAAAUCUGUGACUCUGACCCUGCUCAGAUGGAGAAUAUCCGGUGUUACCUGCCAGAUGCCUAUAAGAUUAUGUCUCAAAGAUGCAAUAACAGAACCCAGUGUGCGGUGGUGGCUGGUCCCGAUGUUUUUCCAGACCCGUGUCCCGGAACCUAUAAAUACCUGGAAGUGCAGUAUGAAUGUGUUCCUUACAUUUUUCUUUGUCCUGGACUUCUAAAAGGAGUAUACCAGAGUGAACAUUUGUUUGAGUCUGACCACCAGUCUGGGGCAUGGUGCAAAGACCCCCUACAGGCUUCAGACAAGAUCUACUAUAUGCCCUGGACGCCCUACAGGACGGACAGCCUGACCGAGUACUCGUCCAAGGACGACUUCAUUGCUGGACGGCCGACCACCACCUACAAGCUUCCUCACAGGGUGGACGGCACGGGGUUUGUGGUGUACGAUGGAGCUUUGUUCUUCAACAAAGAGCGUACCAGGAACAUAGUGAAGUUUGAUUUGCGGACCAGGAUAAAGAGUGGAGAGGCCAUCAUAGCCAAUGCCAAUUACCAUGACACCUCGCCCUACCGCUGGGGAGGCAAGUCUGACAUAGACCUGGCCGUGGACGAGAACGGGCUAUGGGUGAUCUAUGCAACAGAACAGAACAACGGCAGAAUUGUCAUCAGUCAAUUGAACCCUUAUACCCUGCGGAUCGAAGGGACGUGGGAUACUGCCUACGAUAAGAGGUCAGCCUCCAACGCGUUCAUGAUCUGUGGGAUUCUGUACGUGGUCAAGUCUGUGUAUGAGGACGAUGACAACGAGGCCACGGGGAACAAGAUUGAUUACAUUUACAACACAGAACAGAGCAAGGACAGCUUGGUGGACGUGCCCUUCCCCAAUUCCUACCAGUACAUCGCAGCUGUGGAUUACAAUCCAAGGGACAACCUGCUUUACGUGUGGAAUAACUAUCAUGUGGUGAAAUACUCUCUGGACUUUGGGCCUCUGGAUAGUAGAUCGGGGCAGGCACAUCACGGUCAAGUUUCAUAUAUUUCUCCACCAAUUCACCUUGACUCUGAGCUAGACAGACCCUCUGCUAAAGAAAUCUCUACCACAGGACCUCUCGGCAUGGGCAGCCCGGCCACCAGCACCACACUGCGGACCACGGCCUGGGGCCCGGGGAGGAGCACCACCCCGUCAGGGCCAGGAAGAAGGAACCGCAGCACCAGCACCCCGUCCCCCGCCAUGGAGGUGGUCGUGGACAUGACCACAACCCCCCCAUCAGCAUCUUCCCAAAUCCCGGCCCUGGAGGGAAGCUGUGAGCCCGUGGAAGCCCGGGAAAUCAUGUGGUUUAAGACCCGCCAGGGACAGACCGCAAAGCAGCCGUGCCCUGCGGGGACCAUCGGCGUGUCGACUUACCUGUGCCUCGCGCCCGACGGAAUCUGGGAUCCGCAAGGACCAGACCUCAGCAACUGCUCUUCUCCUUGGGUCAAUCAUAUAACACAGAAGUUGAAAUCUGGAGAGACAGCUGCAAAUAUUGCUAGAGAGCUUGCUGAGCAGACAAGAAAUCACUUGAAUGCUGGGGACAUCACCUACUCCGUCAGGGCCAUGGAUCAGCUGGUGGGCCUCCUGGAUGUCCAGCUGCGGAACCUGACCCCCGGGGGCAAGGACAGUGCUGCCCGCAGUUUGAACAAGCUUCAGAAAAGAGAGCGCUCUUGCAGAGCCUAUGUCCAGGCAAUGGUCGAGACAGUUAACAACCUCCUGCAGCCACAAGCUCUGAACGCGUGGAGGGACCUGACGACAAGUGAUCAACUGCGUGCAGCCACCAUGUUGCUUGACACUGUGGAGGAAAGUGCCUUUGUGCUGGCUGAUAACCUUCUGAAGACGGACAUUGUCAGAGAGAACACGGAGAAUAUUAAAUUGGAAGUUGCAAGGCUGAGCACGGAAGGAAACUUAGAAGACCUAAAAUUUCCAGAAAACACGGGCCAUGGAAGCACUAUCCAGCUUUCUGCAAAUACUUUAAAGCAAAAUGGCCGGAAUGGAGAAAUAAGAGUGGCCUUUGUCCUAUAUGACAACUUGGGUCCUUAUUUGUCCACGGAGAAUGCUAGCAUGAAGCUGGGAACGGAGGCUAUGUCCACAAACCAUUCUGUUAUCGUCAAUUCCCCUGUGAUCACAGCAGCAAUAAACAAAGAGUUCAGUAAUAAGGUUUAUUUGGCUGACCCUGUGGUGUUUACUGUCAAACAUAUCAAGCAGUCAGAGGAAAAUUUCAACCCCAACUGUUCAUUUUGGAGCUAUUCCAAGCGUACCAUGACGGGUUACUGGUCAACCCAAGGCUGUCGGCUCCUGACAACGAACAAGACACACACCACAUGCUCCUGUAACCAUCUCACUAACUUUGCCGUGCUGAUGGCACAUGUGGAAGUGAAGCACAGCGACGCAGUCCAUGACCUCCUCCUGGACGUGAUCACGUGGGUUGGAAUUUUGCUGUCCCUUGUCUGUCUCCUGAUUUGCGUCUUCACAUUUUGCUUUUUCCGCGGGCUCCAGAGCGACCGUAACACCAUCCACAAGAACCUUUGUGUCAGCCUCUUUGUAGCAGAGCUGCUCUUCCUGAUUGGGAUCAACCAGACUGACCAGCCGAUCGCCUGUGCUGUGUUCGCUGCUCUUCUGCAUUUCUUCUUUCUGGCUGCCUUCACCUGGAUGUUCCUGGAGGGCGUGCAGCUCUACAUCAUGCUGGUGGAGGUUUUCGAGAGCGAGCACUCCCGCAGGAAGUACUUCUACCUGGUUGGCUACGGGAUGCCCGCGCUCAUCGUGGCCGUGUCGGCCGCCGUGGACUACAGGAGUUACGGAACAGAUAAAGUAUGUUGGCUCCGACUUGACACCUACUUCAUUUGGAGUUUCAUAGGACCAGCAACCUUGAUCAUCAUGCUUAAUGUAAUCUUCCUCGGGAUUGCUUUAUAUAAAAUGUUCCAUCACACUGCCAUCUUGAAACCAGAAUCAGGCUGUCUUGAUAAUAUCAACUAUGAGGAUAACAGACCCUUCAUCAAGUCGUGGGUUAUAGGAGCAAUAGCUCUUCUCUGCCUCUUAGGACUGACCUGGGCCUUUGGACUCAUGUACAUUAAUGAGAACACAGUCAUCAUGGCCUAUCUCUUCACCAUUUUCAAUUCUCUGCAGGGAAUGUUUAUAUUCAUUUUCCAUUGUGUCCUACAGAAGAAGGUCCGGAAAGAGUACGGGAAAUGUCUGCGCACACAUUGCUGCAGCGGGAACAGCACAGAGAGCUCCAUGGGUUCCGGGAAAACCUCGGGGUCCCGAACACCCGGGCGCUACUCCACAGGCUCACAGAGCCGCAUCCGUAGAAUGUGGAACGACACAGUUCGAAAGCAGUCCGAGUCUUCCUUCAUUACCGGAGACAUAAACAGUUCAGCAUCUCUCAACAGAGGAGCCAUGGCCAAUCAUCUCAUAAGCAAUGCCCUCCUGCGUCCUCAUGGCACUAACAACCCCUAUAACACAUUGUUGGGGGAACCGGCGGUCUGUAACAACCCCACUGUCACCAUGUACAACGCCCAAGAGCCCUACAGGGAAACAAAGGGGCUUCUGAACAAUGCCAGGGAUACAAGUGUCAUGGAUACUCUACCACUGAAUGGUAACCAUGGCAAUAGCUACAGCAUGGCCAGCAAUGAGUACCUGGGAAACUGUGUGCAAAUCAUAGACCGAGGCUAUACCCAUAACGAGACUGCCCUGGAGAAAAAGAUUCUGAAGGAACUCACUUCCAACUAUAUCCCUUCUUACCUGAACAACCACGAGCGCUCCAGCGAGCAGAACAGGAAUCUGAUGAACAAGCUGGUGAACAACCUUGGCAGUGGGGGCCAAGAGGACGCCAUAGUCCUGGACGACGCCACUUCCUUUAACCACGAGGAGGGUUUGGGCCUGGAACUCAUUCAUGAGGAAUCAGACGCUCCUUUGCUGCCCCCGCGAGUGUACUCCACGGAGAACCACCUGCCUCACCAUUACACCCGAAGGCGGCUCCCCCAGGACCACAGUGAGAGCUUCUUCCCUUUGCUAAGCAACCAGCACACAGAAGACCUCCAGUCCCCCCACAGGGACUCCCUGUACACCAGCAUGCCAGCACUGGCUGGUGUGACCGCCACGGAGAGCGUGACCACCAGCACCCAGACCGAACCCCCGCCGGCCAAAUGUGGUGAUGUCGAAGACGUUUACUACAAAAGCAUGCCAAACCUAGGCUCCAGAAACCAUGUCCAGCAGCUGCACACUUACUACCACCUGGGCCGUGGCAGCAGUGAUGGCUUUAUAGUUCCUCCAAACAAAGACGGGACCCCUCCCGAGGGGAGCUCAAAAGGACCUGCUCACUUGGUCACUAGUCUAUAAAAGAUGACACAAAAAUUAAAACCAACAAAACUGCUAAUACCUUGCUGACUGUUCUGAGUUGAUAUAAGCAAUGGUGAUAAUGUGUCUACUCCUCCAUCUUUAUGCUGUUCUCAAAAGACAAACACAAACUCUCAGACUUUUUUUUUUUUUUAAUGGGAUUUUUAGGUCAGCCCAGGGGAGAGAGAUAACUGCUGAAAUUCCCCCGUGCCCGUCCAUUCCUUUCCUUCCCCCUCAGAUGGAGACUUCAUUAUGUUAAUGAACGAGAUAUGGAGAAAAUGGCACUCCUUGUGGCCUUGCUGAGUUUCGUUGUGUUUGAUUUAACAUCUCUGAUGCUCUGUUCCUAUCAUUACAAGGACCUGAUUUGUGAAAGGCCAGGACAGUUGAUUGACCUGAGCACCAAUGCUGUGUCCCGAUCAGAUGGCCGCGCAGGCAGAAAAGCAAAGCAAAACUUACCACAUAGCAGGUUGGGGUCACUUACAACCUGAAUUCACUACAGCUGGCAUAGCUGUGGAACACAAAAUUGAAAGGGAGGGGAAUUCUAGAAUUACACGCUAAAUGCAUAUUUUAUGAUUUGCUGUAUUAACGGAUGAUAAAACUAAUGGCAGAAAAAAAAUGAACAAUUUCUAUGUAAUGUACAGAUACUAGCAUUGCACAUAGAGUCUGCUCUCUGUUCUCCAGAAUUUGAGUCCUGUUAAUGUAGUGGAAAAAAAAAAAAAAAAAAAGAAGUUUUCUUUUCCUUUUGUGCUGGUCUUGCAAGUUUGUCUACCAGUAAGAGAGCAAAGUUGCCUUCCUUUCUUCUUUCUUUCUUUUCUUUUCUUUUCUUUUAUGUUAUUUUUUUUCUUUUCUUUUGGCCUUUUGUUUGUUUGUUUGUUUUGUUUGUUUUUAUUUCCUUUCAAGUUUUGCCUGGCAAAAAAAAAAUAAAUAAUAAAUAAAUAAAGGAAACUAUCACUUUAUAAGAAUCAUUUUCUAGUAAUGCAAACAAAUUAUUUUUUACAAAAAAAAAUAAAAUAAAUAAAAUUAGACUUCCUUCCCUCACCUAUAUAUCUUUAUGCAGUCAGAAUAUCUCCAACAGCAUUUUUACAAAUUAGAACAGGACAAAAAGUUUAUGUUUACAGGGCGCACCUGUUGUAAGACAACGCAUAUUUGGCAAGCAGUUCCUCACUGAGACAGUAGCUAAGACUCCAGAAGUCAAGAGGUGUCUGUAGAACUAGUGGGGCUUCCGCAUGUGAAACAUGGUAUUCCAUAGGCGUUAAAGUGCUCAAUGCUCGGUCUGAUCCCCAAUGAGCACCUACACUACCAAUUUUUAGAGGAAAUUCACUCCCUCCUAGAACUGAGAAAGGUCAAAUUACUUUGAAGUGAUUUUUUUUUUAAGUCUUCCGUUUAUUAACAGGAGAAUUUAUUUAUUUGACCGGAUUUUAAGUAAUGUAGGAAUACAAGAGGUAAAUUAGCAGCACAUAUAAUUUUUUUUUAAAUUUAUGAUCCAUUUUGUAUGGUCUCAAAGUUGGAUGACCUCAUUACUAAUAUUUGUUGUAAAAGUGAAACUUGUUUGCCAACCAAUAAACAACUGAUUGAGAUUUAGAAGAUA